GUGGUGACAGGAUGAGGGAAAGAGACACGCACAAACAGACAGACAGACAGACGAUCAGAGCGUUCUGAAUUCAGGAUUUUCAACAUUAAUAUGGUUUAAGAAAGAGUCAUCAAGACCCAAAGAUCUUUCAAUCAACACUUUUUUUGGCAAGACCUCAUCAGUGACCUAAGGGUGGUGGGUCUUUGAGUAUUAUGGCACCAUCUACGUACCGAGAACUAAUCCUAGUGGCCAUCUUUACCUCAUUUCUUCAGCUAUGUUCGACAUACAGUUUCAGGAACUGCAUAGAAAGUGCAAACUCCAACCACACAAUCUUCACAUGCAUUAAACGGCAAGCAACAACAGUCCAUGCUAUAGUGGACGAUCUGCCGCCCUCUGCAACAAAUGUAACUAUCUCUCGCUGCAAACUGUCACACAUUCCUGCAAGAAACUUCAGUCAGCUGCCACAACUUCGGAUUCUGGCACUAAACAACAAUAGUGUGACACACAUUGACAAGUACGCCUUUGUUAAUCUAGGUCAUCUUCAAUCCUUGAACUUGUCCAGCAACAGCCUAACCUAUCUCGAUCCUGCUCUUUUCCGUGGCCUCCUUAACCUCACCAAACUCUUUCUGGCCGACAACAAACUGACCAAUCUCUCUUUGAACCAGUUUUCUGAUUUGACCAGCUUGGAGAUUCUGGACCUCCGUAGAAACAAGCUAAUCAGCUUCUCUACAGUGGUGAAUGCUAUAACAAACCUGCCAGCCCUGAAGAAACUAGACCUUUCCUUCAACAAGUUAACUUCUUUGAAUGCCUCUGCUAAUCUCCCCCAGUUUCUUGCCAUCCUUUACCUCAGCAACAAUAAUCUGAUCACGCUUACUAACAACAAACAGUUUCUGAGGACUGUCAAAGUGCUAGACCUCUCCUAUAACUUCCAUCUCCCUACCAGUGCGUUUCAUAAUCUGAAUAUGGAAAACAUCACGUACCUGCGAUUGCGGUCCACCAACGUUUCUAUAACAAAACUCCUCGAGCAUAACUACACCAGGGUGCCACCCUGGCAUAUAGACUUCUCUGGGUUAGGAUUGAAGGACCCACAAAUACUGUGUAAACGUCUGUCACACUUUCCAAAGAGACACAUUAAAAACAUGACCCUUACUAGCAAUAAUAUUUCAAAUCUUUACAAUUCUACAUUUGCUUAUUGCCCUCUUAUUACCAAUGUCUUGGACAUCUCGCUCAAUAACCUCAAGAACCCUGGAUGUUUAAAGUUUCUCACAGGACAACCACAUGUGAAGACGCUUAAAGUCGAACAUAACCACCUUAAUAAACUCUUUAGAUGCAACAAAGGACAUAGCCUGACUUUUCCCAACCUGAGAGAGCUGAGCUUUCGCUACAAUCGCAUUCUCAGUGUCAGUGGCAAUGCUUUUAGUCAUGUUCCCAAGCUAACAACUCUUCAGCUCAACAUCAACAUCAUUGCCUACCUGGACACUUAUGCGCUGGGUGGACUUAAAGACCUAAUUAUGCUUCGUCUGGACAACAACCUUCUGACCGAUAUCUAUGCUGAGACCUUUGAAGACCUUCACAGCCUCAAGACACUAAACUUGCGCAAUAAUCAAAUCGCUGUCAUCUUUAACAAUACCUUUCACUCUCUGAGGAACCUGACCAUUCUAGAUUUAGGUGGAAACAAGAUCACACAAUUCCAGUCCAAAGCAUUUCAUGGACUGGACAGAUUGGCUAAUCUUUAUUUAGACCGCAACCAUCUUAAAGAAAUUGACAGUCAACUGCUUGCAAGGUUUCACAACACACUAAAAGUGCUGGACUUACACGCGAAUCAGAUUUACUAUUUUCAGGAACGUAGACAAUCUCCAUUUGUCAACUUGACAAAGCUUGUUGACCUUAAAUUAGAUGCACAGCGGCCAGAUGGCAUAAACCUUUUACCUCAUAAAUUCUUCCAGGGCCUGUCCUCCCUGAAGAGCCUUUACCUCAGCAACAAUCAUAUCUCCUACUACAGUGAAGACACAUUCGACGGCCUGACAAAUUUAAAGUUUUUAACACUGGAUAACUCGUGCGUUGGUGUGACGAAACUCACGCCAGGUAUUUUCAAAGACCUUCGCAAGCUGGAGACAUUACAGGUUGAAAACAUGGGCAUUGAGUCCUUCUCAAAAGAGGUAUUUGGAAAUCUCACAGCCCUGAGAGUGCUGCAUCUUAACCGGAACGCUAUACAGACUCUGGAUGUGGAUGUUCUGAAGAAUCUAACUAAUCUACAGUACCUAGAUGUGCGGAGCUCUCCUCUCAGCUGCAACUGUCUCAACAGAGAUAUACAAAACUGGACUAAGAACAAUCACAGGGUCCAACUUGUGGACCUUUACACCUUGACUUGCUGGGACCAAAAAGGGUCAAACUUUUACAAUUUUGACACCAAUGUUUGCUAUUACAAAGAAGAACUGUACUUGUUCGCCUCAACUUGUUCCAUAACAAUUAUACUUACACUAAUCCCGCUGCUUUACGUCAAGCUUUACUGGAAAUGUAAAUAUGGCUACUACAUCUUCCGAUCUUGGUUCGGUGAGCAGUGGCGUCGGCUCCGGGAACAAGAAGAGAAAUGCAUAUAUGAUGCUUUCGUUUCUUACAACUCAGCCGAUGAGAACUGGGUGAUGGAACAGCUUCUACCGAAUCUGGAAGGCAACGGGUCUUUAUACCGACUUUGCCUUCACCACCGAGACUUUGAGCCAGGCCGCAACAUAGUGGACAACAUCGUAGCGGCGGUUUAUAACAGUCGUAAGACGGUGUGCAUCAUCAGCCAAAACUACCUUCGCAGUGAGUGGUGUUCCCUGGAGAUCCAGCUGGCCAGCUACCGUCUGUUUCAUGAAAUGCAGGAUGUGCUCUUACUGGUCUUUCUGGAGUCGAUCCCUGAGCGAAAGCUGUCCACUUACCACCGCAUGAGGAAAGUCAUGCUGAAAAAGACCUACCUUCAGUGGCCAGGACCAGACUGCACAGAUCCUGCCAAAGCACAAGGGCUGUUCUGGAAGCAACUGAAGAAAGCCUUGAGGAGCAGCAGCAGCACGAGGCAAGAGGAAGAAUCGAUGGAAGCUGAUGUGCAGUUGGGAGAGGAGAAAGACGCGCCAAAUACAGAGGACAGGGAAUAUUUUGUGAACCAGCCACACGUGGACGAAGAGGCGUAUUAUCUUAUGCCUUAACACAGGGGUUAAGAACCCCUGCCUAAACACAUAAAUUUAAGGUUGAUCUCUUACUUUCCGCAGACUCCUGAGAAAUUAUCAAAUAAAGGAAAUACAACUGCAAAAGAGUCACAAACAUAUAAUCAGAAAGGACAUCUGAGAUGGACAGUUCAAAUUU